AUUUCGUAGGAUAAAAACAACAAUUGUGUCCGAUAUCCAUUUUCCUGUAUCCUGUCUGAAGUCCGUCUAUAAUUCAUUGCAAUAUGUGAAAUUGUUACUCGUUUUGUGUCCGGCGAUUUUUCACCACUUUUCCGUUGCCUUGUUUGUGAAUUAUUUACUUAAUUUGGCGAUUUAACUAUCUAUUUAAUUUAUAUUUCGUUCGUAAAAUAUUCAAUCGAGUAUAUACCUACAACCGAGACCUACAAGGACAGUGAAUAUUACGCUGAUCUGUGUCGUACCCUAUAAAUUUCUAAAACCGUAACAAUGCCCAAAAAUAAAAAUUGGAAUUCAACAAAUCCACGGAAUGAAAUAAAAAUAAUGAAAUUAGACAUGGACGAGUUGAAAAUUAACAAAAGUGAAAAUGUUUCAUCUCCAAAACUGACUGAAAAUGAUAUGCUUUCUGAUGAAGAAGAUGAGAAUUUGACAUAUGCACAACUUAGAGAUAAAAGGAUGAAAGAAAACAUGAGUCUUUUAGAAAUUCUUGGUGUAAACGAAGCUGCAGAUACAUUGGCAGAUAAUUUAAAAAAUACUGUACCAGUUAAAAAAGGAAAAAAACUGUUAAAAAAAAAAUAUAAUUUAAGAACUAAAGGGAUUAUGAUACCUACUAGACGUUCAUUAAGAUUAGCUAAUAUACCUUUAAGUGACCUGAUUGAUUCUACAACUAAACCCAAUUGUCUAACGCAAGAAUUAGAUUCAAAUGAUGUUGAUGAUAAUAAUGUUGUUAAUCAAAUUUCCAUACUUACACCAAAUGAAGAUUCGACUUUUUUUAAAAAAUUAAGUGCUGAUUUAGUUGUUAAAGAAGCAGUUAAUGAUUUUCAUACAUGCGAUAUUGAUAGAUUUACCAAAGUAGUUAAAAGCCUGGAUAUGAACAAUGACUCAAUAAAGGUAUCUGCUGGCCGCAUCUACUCGCUUGCUAUUCAUCCUUCUGAAACAUCUUUGAUAAUUGUAGUUGGUGACAUUAAAGGAAACAUAACUUUAUUUAACAAAAUUGAUAAUGACUCACGAAGUUAUCAAGUACAUGGUGCUCCUGUGAAUUGUAUUUCGUUUUGCACUUGGGAUCCACAUAAGUUGUUUUCAACUAGCCAUGAUGGAUCAGUUAGAUGUGGUGAUAUUAAUAAACAGACUUUUGAUAUUAUUUAUAACAAUGAUUUGCAAACAAGAUUACAUGGUUAUCAUACUACUUGGCAUACUGAAUAUGAAAGAAACCUUCUUAUAGGCAGUGGUUCUGGUCAUGUAGAUUUAAUUGAUACACGAAAACCUAAUAUAAUAAUGAACACUUCUUGGUGCCACAGUAGAUCUGUACGUACAGUUCAGUGUCAUCCUUUGGAAAAAAAUUAUUUUUUGACUUCAUCUGGAGUGGGCGAGGUAUCUUUGUGGGACAUAAGAAAUAUGACCGACAAAGCAAUUAAUCCAGUAUUACAGUAUGAUCAUUCAAAAUCAUUAACAAGUGCAUUUUUUUCUGCUACUGGCAUUAAGAUGGUUUCAACGAGUAAUGAUGAUAAAGUUAGAAUCUUUAAUACUUCUAAAUUAAAUUCAGAAUAUACAAAACCAUUUGUAAACAUUAAUCAUAAUAACCAUACAGGGCGAUGGCUUUCAGUAAUGAAAGCAAAAUGGAAUCCAAAUAGGGACGACUCCUUUUUUAUUGGUUCAAUGUUAACACCUAAACAGUUACAAGUAUUUCACUCUGACGGAAAGUUGUUGCAUACACUAACUUCUAACAAAAUGACUACUUAUUGUCCAGUCAUAGAAGUACACCCAACUCAGGCUAUUUAUGUUGGAGGAAAUUCGUCUGGUCGUUUACAUAUAUUUAGUACUGAACAACAACUCUAAAAUUAUCUGAUAUAUUGAACAAUUAAUUAUUAAAUUUUAUCAUAUUGAAGUUUUUAUAACUUCAUAUUUUUAUAUUAACAAGUUUUUUGGAUUCAAAUUUAUCAUUAUCUACUGUAAUAGGUUUAUAACUCUUUUAAGUUUAUAUUAUUAAAAAUUAUAUCUAUGUCAUAAAUUAAAAAUCCAAAUAUGUAAGAUGUAGGUACGUUC